AUGAAACCUUCUUCAAAUCCCCAAACUCUGAAAAGCAAAACAUUUAUUUCAAGACUCGUUCUUGUAUUCAUCUUAUUAGAAGUCUUACCACUUUUCAAUUUCUCCUUCUUCUUCUUCAGUAGUAGGAGUACCAGCAGUACAUUGAAUCCUCUCUUCUUCAUACAUGCCAUGACUCUCAAAGUCUCUGUCCAAGGAGGUCAAAUCGUCAUGGACAGUCGUGAAUUUCCCUUCAUGGCCUCUCUCCAAUAUCAACCCUCUCCUCAACGAGAUCCCUACCAUCGAUGCGGAGGUACUAUCAUUGCCAAACGAUGGAUCUUAACGGCUGGACAUUGUGUCGUGCUAUCGGGUCAGGUCAUUCCCUCCAACAAGUUAUCCGUCAUGGUCGGUUCGUAUCGUUUAUCCACGUGUAGUUUGGAGGGUUUUAUGGAUGGUGUUUCUUCCUCACCUGGUUCUUCUUUAACCUCUAACAGGGAGAGCAUGGAGAGAACUACUACUGCUACUACUACUGGACGAACGACUCAAUUUCGGUUCUGGAAUUGUAUCCGAGCGAGAGUGAAACACAUUCAUGUCCAUCCUCGUUACAGUGAUGCCUUUGCAGCCAAUGAUAUAGCCUUAUUGGAAUUACAUGAAGAUUUACCUUGGACUUCUACCAUUCAACCCAUUGCCUUGACUUUGAAAAGACCUUCCUUUGAGACUCAACAUUUCGUGUUGGGUUGGGGUUAUUACAGUGGAGCGAAUCGGGUCUCUGACUUUCUGAGGAAGGGAAUGGUACCCAUUGUACCUGACUCGGCAUGUAAUGAGUUGAGAUUGGGAAUGUCCACAUCGCGGGGACAGACCUGUGCAGGAGCUGGAGAAGGAGUGGAUACUUGUGCUGGCGAUUCUGGUGGACCUUUGUUAUUCAUUCAACAUGGAAUUUAUACUCAAACUGGACUCACAAGUUAUGGUCCUGACAAGUGUGGAGUUCAAGAGUCAUACACGAAUCGAGGAGUCUAUACUUCGGUCGAUUUUCAUCAACAAUGGAUCAUGUCGUUAACGAAUUUGACAUCUUUUGGGAAUUUCACAAAAGCGGAUUUACAGCUCUUUGGAGAAGCAUGGUCGAGGCAUCAAUUGACGUUUUCACAAUGGAGUGUUAUUGGAGGAGUGACAUUAUUACUCUUGUGUAUGAUCUUGGCUGCUUGA